AUGUCCUCCCCUUCAACAUCACAAAACCAGCCCGACGGCAUGGCUCUGAUCUGGAUCUUCGACCAUUGCUCGCGCUACCCGGGCUCCUACGAGAUUCCCCUCCGGGACAUGUACGCCCUCAAUUGCCAUCCGACAAAGUCCUUCGUCGGCGGCAGCAGCUCGCCCGAAACCGCCUUCAGCCCCCGCAACUCGACAUCCACGCAGGCCUCAAACUCGUCGCAAGAGAGCACGGUGGACGCCGCAGCCGACUUCCGUUCCCAACUGAUCCACCAGAUCUCCCGCAUGCCGUCGCAGCCAUGCUCUCUCCCGCCGGCCUUCUUGACCUCCUUCCUCCGCCGGUGCUUCCCCAAGGACCUGGAACAAGUGGACUUCCCGCAAGGCUUGACCGCGUUGGACUAUGCCCGAGAUCUCGAAAAUCGGUGGAAAAAGGAAAUGUCGCUUGCCCUGCAGCGCCUGGGCGUCGAGCGCCAACAUUUGGAGAAGCCAACCGAGUCCGACCUGGCCAAGAAGUACCCCGGGGUCAUGACCUGGGUCGAAUCCAUUCUCGCCAAAGCUCGCGACCUCGAGGCGCUGUACACGCAGAUCUACAUUGGCCUGCGCCGCUGGAUGAUCGUCAACGAGAUCCUGCUGGAGCCCCACAACAAGCACAAUCACAUUGCGCUGUUGAAUACUCUCUACCCACCGGUAUCGGCGGGGGCUGUGACGCCCACUCCCCAGCUGACCUACCAGCUCUUGAAAUCACAUCGCGACACCUUCUUCCGGCUGAUCAACAAGGUCAGCACCCGUGGUACGGAGUCGGUGCAGCACUUGGUCCAACAGAGUGAAGUGGAGCAGGACACCAAUUCCUGGUCCACCGUCUACAGUGUCUUGGACAAGUUCCUGACCCAGACCACCGAGCUCAUUGACGAAGGGCACCCCCGAACCCGCAAGGUUGACUCCGGCUGCAGUUUCGGUGCCGCUGUCCCCGAGGGCAUGGGCAGCACCGAGUCGGUCGCCGAGGAUGCUGGGGGCGAAAAGCCCCUUCCGCAGUUCCCUGUCUUGUCGGAUAAAGAUGUUGCUUCUGGCAAGGGCUCCAUGCUGGAGCGACUUUCGCGCGAACUUCGCUCGUUGGGCCCUGCGGCCAAGCUCCGUAGCUUGCGCAAGAUGAAGUCGACCGCGGCGUUGACUCGACCCAGCAGUCAGCAGAGCUCCAACUACAGCUCCUCAAUCUUCGAGGUUUCCGAGGAGAAACGCGACCGCUUGAUUCGCGAUGCGUACACUCGGAAGAACUCUCAGUCGAACAUGUCGACCUCCACUGGCAACCAAUGA